AUGCCGGGGGACAGCGAAUCGUCGAGGUAUCAUCUUCGUGGACCUGUUAAACCACCUUCACGUUAUACGGAUUCAGGUGAUGAAAGCCAUGAAGUUGCACGCCUGUCAACUUCAAAACCAAAAAGCAAACGUUUUUCACCAUUAAAACGCGGUGGAAAAGCAAUAAAAGCAGAAAGUGAUACUGAUAGCAAUGUUUCAAGUGGUACCAACAAUCGAGUGCCCGCAAAGUCAAUCGAAAGUCCAAAGAAGGUUAUGAAUAAUGGUACACAAAAAGAUAUUUCACGGGAAAAUGCGAUACUGCGUACUGCACGUCCCCAACCGUCUGAAAUAUCGCCAACGAUGAGGGAAAAUUUACGGCAUUUGAAAAAUGCUCGUAGGUGGGUUUACUGUGAAUUUUUUUACUCCGGUGUUGACCAACAACUUUUCUCUGGAGAUAAUGAAUUUGUACAGUUGCUUCAUGAAAUGUUUCCGAAUUUGCGUACUUUUAAACUUUGUCGGCCAGAAUGGAGAGCUAUAAGGAGAAUGAUAGGAAAACCAAGGAGAUGUUCUGAAGCUUUUCUAAAUGAAGAACGUGAGUCGUUGGAAUCGAAAAGAGCUAGAAUCCGUCAGAUUUAUGAUGGAAGCUUGAUGAGCAUUCCAUCUGGAUGUGAUCUUCCAGUACGCUUACCUCCUCCCUUAGUAAUCGGAGCAAAAAUUUACGCACGCGUGCGAACUCCUAAAGAUGGUAUCUAUGCUGGCACGAUUGAUGCCAUAUUGCCGGCUUCAUAUAGAGUGGUCUUCGAUAAGGAGGAAAUGAUACCACCUAUGAUUAUCAAGGAUUCGGAGGUUAUGUCUGCUCAAACGAUUGAGCUACUCUCAAUUAAUUAUUUUUUGGAACAGAAUCGUUCUGCUAUUCCGCCCUCAUUGAUCAGAUUCGGUCAUGCUGGAGUCCUUCCAAAGUUCACUGAUGCACCAUCCUCCAGUCGUUCACCUACAGGACUAGAUUCUAUUCGAAAACCAACGAGAAUCCGAGAUGAAAAAGUCGGAAAUUUCCCUGUUCGAAUGCUCGUUAUUCUUGUGAAGUUAAGUAAACUAGUAGAAGUUAAGCGAAGUUUGGUUAAAUCAUUAACUGAACUAAAUACAGAAGCUGAAAAAAUGAAUAUGAUAACAGAUGCUUAUCCGAUGGCUUUCCAGAGGAGGUACGCUCAGGUGAUUAUUGACGUUGAGACAGUAAAUAGGCAGCUGCAGUCGUACCUCAACGCCGUCGGUGAAUAUUGCAAUCAAUUGUUGCCACAAUUAAGUGAAUUAUCAUUAACUUCACGACCAGAAGCUCUAAAAAAAAUGUGUCAAACCCAUUCAGUACAAAUUGUUAAACACUGCAAUAACGGACUGAAUGUGCAAAAUAAACAUGCGCUGGAUUUGGUUACCUCACUGACUGCAUUGCUAUUACAGAUUCGAGCACUGGGACAACAAAGUUGUACUCCACUUGAUCUACAUACCCUCUCGGAAUCGUUGAAUGAAAUUCGAAAGCAAAUUGAUCCAUCGAAUGUAGCUGCCUUCCAAGAUUUCGUGGAAGUACACAUGAAACAAAUUCACAACAUGAUGUUAAAUAUUGGAAACGUAUAUUGA